ACACGAUCCAUCACACCACAAACACACGACCACGACCACGAUGCUCGCACUGCGGAUAGCCCACCGGCGGGCAGUGGGCGCGGCGUCGCGGGUAACAUUACCACCAUCAUCGCUGCUCAGCUUCAACGCCGAGGCGGGGUCGAGCAAGCAGGCGGCGUUCCAGGUCCGCACCUUUGGCGGGGUCAAGUCGACGACCGUGCCGGGGAAGCGGCGCAACGCGCCGAACAGGCUAAAGGCGGUGCGCAAGGCCAAGGAGUUUGCCGCGGCCGUGAACGCCGACGGGCCGGCCAGCAGCUCUCCACCAGUCGACCGCGAGACCCUCCCCGGUGCGACCGGCGCGCCAACGCUCGCAGACCUGCAAGCGCUCAAGCCACGACGCGACUGGGAUCGCACGGAGAACGCAAGCCAGCGCGAGGCCGACGUGCAUGCGCGGAUCUACGCGCGCACGUUCGACGCAGUGGACAAGGCGUUCGUCGUCGGACAGCUGCGCGAGUUUGCGAAGGAGCUCGGGCUGCAGGUCGGGAGCAGGCGCGCAAAGGCCAAGGUCAUCGAGGCGAUUCUGGCGUCUUGGGGGUGGAGCAAGGUGCUCCCUGUGAGCAAUGUCGUGCGGGGGACGAGGGAAUACACCGUAACCGCCGCCGAGCUGUUCCUGCUCCAGCGCGACGCCGCCGCGUUACAGCGGAUCAACGACCUCGGCGUGGACAUCUCCGCCGCCCCGCGCGAGGGCGAGGACAACGUGUUCACGCUCACGGGGGCGGGCGGCGCCGACGACCUGGACGAGCUGCAGCGGUUCCUGCGCGACCGCAAGGUUCGGAACAUUGCCCUCGGGUGGCCUGCGACCGAGAUGCGCGGGUGGACGCCGAGCCGCGAGACGCUCGGCGGCGUCGCACGCACAGCUGGCGCGUUCGUCGAGCGGGUCGGGUGGGGACAGUACGUCGCGACAGGCACGAGCGUGACCGACGUCGAGCGCGCGCGCGACCUCGUGUUGCUGGCUGCGGCGCGCGCGACGGCGCCGACGCCAACAUUGGCGGUGGCGCUGCCGUCCGCGCUCGCGGGGCACGACGACCCGCGCGCGUCGCUCGUCCCGCACGGCAUGACGCCCAGCGCUAGGCCACCAUGGGACGUCGGCGCGCGUGUCGCCGGCCGCACGCUCUUCCGCUUCGUGCAGACCGACGCUUUGGCCGCCGGCAUUGGCGCGGCGGAGCGCGCGCAGCGGAGCGCACACCUCGACCAUGCCGUAGUCGCGCCGCUUGGCGCUGGCGAGGCGAGCUCGCUCGACGAGGUCGCGCGCGGCGUGGUUGAUCGCGCGGAGGUCCCGGCUGGCGACGGUGGCGAGCACCACACGCUUACGUUCCGCUUCGGCCACCUCCUGACCGCGUCUGACGCGGCUCCGGGCACCGCGGACGCCCUGCACGGCCCUACGCGCGGCACGUGGCCCCUCACGCGGGACGGGCUCGCCAGCGGGCCGUUCGCGACGCUCUCCACGCCCAUCUUCGCGCCGGCCGUCCCGCCCGCGCUCGUCUUCUUCCCGCUGCUCAACCCGCCGAAGCGCGAGCGCAGAGUGGCCUAUGUGGCGGGCGACGGGCAGCGCCUGGCAGUUAGCUACGAGUACCCGCGCACCGCCGAGCCCGUGGCCGCCACGACCCCCGCCGCCGAGCCGGCAUGGUUCACGCGCCUCGACGAGAUGAUGAAGAAGGUCGAGGCGCCCGCGUACGCCGCGGGGAAUGAGGACAUGGUGUUCGACCUCAAGGCGCUCGAGACGAUCAUCGACGACGGCGGCGGCGAGGCCAAGCCGGCCGCACCGGCGCCGCUGGUCCUCUCGGCGCGGCUCGAGACGGAAGCAGCCGCCGACGUGCUCUUCCCCGCCCGGCCGACAGACGCACGGGUACUCGGCCGCGGCGUGCGCUCGCUCGCGGUAUCCGACGUGCCUGCGCCGCUGGCGGCGUUCUUCGACGCCGUGCACGCCGGAGGGGAGGCGGCGGGCAAGGUGCCCCUCGGCGACUUGGACGGCCUGCGGUGCGGCGUGGCUACGGCCGAGGCGGCGCCCAAGCUGCCUGUGCGGCAGGAGGCGGUCGACGAGGAGUGGACGGCCGAGGACGACGACUACGUGCCGGGUGCGGAGGUGGCGCCGGAGGAGGCAGCAGCACCGGUGGGGGAGCCAGCAGCGGCGUCUACCGCCCGGCCCAUUCUGCCCCCCGCGUCGGUCGAGCUGAACGGCACGACGUACCUCCUCGCGUCGGACGAAGUGGCCGAGGUGGUCGAGUCGGCCGACGUUGUCGGCGCGCCGACGCUGCGCACCCUCAGCGUUGCCGACCUCCGCGGCGUCGUUGGCGGCGUCACCCUGCUCGCUGAGCUCGAGGUUGACGCGCUGCCCACGGGGGCUGGCGGCAUCGCUGUGCCGGCCGAGGUGUGGCCUGAGCUCGCGAACAUUACGCGGGUUGUGCCGAGUGAUGCGAAGCGGUCGGGCGUGGCGAUGUAG